AUGGAUGCCCCGGGCGAUGUCGCGUUCUCGGUAACGGGCCCGAGCCCCCAGAGACCGCAAAGUCGCCCAGAACCUCGAAGGACCAAUCGUGCUUGUGUCGAAUGCACAAGAAGGAAAAUCAAGUGCGACGGCACUCUGCCCUGCCAAAACUGCCGAAAGCAUUCUCUGGAAUCAAGGUGUAGUUACAGAAAGCGACAACGGCGGACAAACCCCUCCUGGAAGACAAUAGACCAGUUGAAUGAGGCUCUGAAUGCCCGCAAUCAGAUCAUCAAGCAGCUCUUGCCCGCAGUUGACUUCGACAGCCUUCCCGGCCUGUCUCGAGACAACGUCAUCCGACUGAUCAGCAAUGAGGUGGACACCCAGACUCCUUCACCGGUCGCCGAAGGCGGUAUGGUUAGUGAGGUCGCAGAAGCUUCACAACCCCUCGAAGACGUCGCAGACGACGAGGAAUGGAAUGAGGGUCAGAACGAGGAAGGUCCGGAGCCACCGGUGGGCGAUGUCGUCAACGGCCUUACCGUCCACCAGCGUCCAGGCUCCUACUCGCGCAUCUCCUCCACUGGUGCGUUCCUGCAUGUCUUGUUCAACGUCUGCCCUCCUGCAAAGGAAAAGUUCUUGGAUCUUGGAAAGGCGGCCUUCCAGAAACCAAAACAGCUGGUAAUUCGGGUUGCAAGCAAAGACACCCCCCAAGCUGCGCAGAAUGUCAGUCCGGAAUCCUCGACGCUCUCUUCCCUGUCGUCUGCACAACAGAUAGCAGUCGACGCAUAUUUUGAGCAGAUCCACGCCCUAGUCCCCAUGGUGGAUGAGAGUCGCUUUCGUGAUGAAUUCGCCAGCCAAGAACGCACAGAUGAUGGGUGGAAGGCGCUUUCAAGUAUGGUCCUCGCAUUAGGUUCCAUUGCGGCGGGAGACGAUCAGUCGCACUUUACUUACCACGAAAGAGCGCGUAACGUCCUUGGUUACAAUAUAUUCACCUCGGGAAAUUUGGAAAUGCUGCAGGCACUGGUUCUCCUGAGCAGCCUGUAUUUGUACUACAUCAAUUCACCGAAUACUGCCUUCCUGGUCAUGGGCACCGCAUUUCGGAUGGCUAUCGCAAUUGGCCUACAUCGUGAACCGGCUAAAACGACAAAGCUCGGCCAGACGCCGGAGGAAGAAGCGUUGGCAUUGUCUCGGGCUGAAGUCAGACGAAGAACUUGGUGGUGUAUGAUCUCCGCCAACGCCUGGCAAGGACUGCUGUUGCAUCGCCCUCGGGUUGGGAGAUGGGAUCCGCUCACAAUGGAUACAGCUUGGCCUUCUACGACGCUCUCCUCAAUUUCUGCUCGGCCAGAGAGUUUUUCACGGCAGAGACACAAUGAGUCCGAGGAUAGAGACUGGCACGGCAUCGCGUUGCGCGUGACUGCCGAAUUCUGCAUCAUCGCCCAAAGGGUUGGAGAUCGAAUGGCACAGUUGUCAUAUAUCACGCCCCGGGAGAUAUUCGCCUUCAGUGACGAACUCGAGAUCUGGAGCAAAUCUCACCAUUUCCGAUUCUUGUCCGAGAAUACAUGUCCAAAACGUUUCUGGCUGAGUCGAGAGACCAUGUUGUAUCGGUUUUUGGGUGUACGCGUCCUGUUAUCUCGCCCACAUCUGUUGCGGUUGGCAGAUGACGGAAUGGCACACAACGCAUUCACAGACGAAGACUGGAAAGUGGUAUCACUCUGCCAGAAUUCGGCCAGCGAGGUUAUCGACUUGAUCUGUUCUGGCCUUCAUCACGACAGAGUCUCAGUCUGGCACUCGACCUUCGCGCUUUUCCAAGCUUGCCUGAUUCCCCUGAUUUCCAUUGCCGUGGCGAAGAAACUGAGUCUUUUUGGCGAAGCCGCUAUCAAUGAAUGGAAACAGAGCCUGGACGGUGCUAUUCGUGCAUUCAAGGAUAUGGCUCCCCAUACAAGGCCAUCGGACAGAUACGGCAGUAUUGUCGAGGCACUGCGUGAUGGCAUCGUAUCUUGGAAUAACCAGGACUUUCAGUACGCGCCUGAAUUCGACCAAUACACGGAUUUUCUUGCCGACGUCAGAUCGGGAAGCGCGGUGGAACUGAUGAAUUUCGACGGACAGGAUAUCACUGCGCCGGGUCCAUUCCUGGAGUGGUUCAAUUAUGAUCUUACAUUUGGAGAUCAACAACUGAACUGGUAUCCUCUUCCUGAUCCUUGA